UCAGAAUCCAGAUCAAUUCCGGGGGCUAAAAUUGAACAAGCCUUUUUCGAGGUCAGCUGACUCCGAUUGAAUCCCAUCAUUUCCCGAGCGUGACGUGACACGUUACACCCAGUUAGUGAACAACAGCCAUGACCCGCGGCAAUCAGAGGGAGACAGAUCGCGCCAAAGCACAGAAGAAGGCGGCGGCAGCAGCCAAAAAACCCAAGGAAAGCGCGUCUAGCCUUGCGAAGAGGAAAGAAAGGCAAGCAUUCCUCAAUCCGUUGAUAAUCGGUAUGUGUACUAAGUCUCCACUAGUGACGCCGAGAUUCUUCGUGCUAAACAGAAGAAAAAGGAAGAAGAGCGAGCCGCAGCGGCUGCAGGGAGCGGCAAAUGACUGUGGGUCGUCGAAGAAUGUUGACUAUAUAUGGACGUGGGUGUAAUCUUUGAGGUGCCUUAGAAGAGGUGGUCAUAAUACCAUGCAUUCGCCGC